AAACAUAUUUUUCCUGCAUGUCGUUGGGAACCAUUUGAUCCAGAAAAACGUUGGACUGCUCAUGAACCACCAAAAAAUCGUUUUUGUGUUAAAUAA